UGCGAGGUGCUUUAGCAAAAACAUUGACACCAAGAGUUGGUUGUAAACAGAAGUUGAGUCUGUUCAAACAGCAAACUGUAAAAACGUUUCAUUUUCUCUCAAUUUUUUGUAUCAACAUUCACAAUUGCAAAAGACUGAAUUGUUUUGUCUUAUAAAUUGGCCACUAUCAAUAAUUUUGUUUAAAUUUCGUGUCACAAAUAAAAUAAUAUUCGAUUAAAUGGAUGUUUUAAGUGAAGAUAGUCGUUCGGAUUUUGAGACGAAAAGUAAUCAGACAACAGACGAUAAUGAAAGACCGUCGGGAAAUUGUUAUUGUGGCAAAGACCGAAAUUUAAAUAUCCUGGAAUUGUUAUGCGCAACAUGUUAUCACUGGUUUCAUGAAUCAUGUAUCGGUUUUCAAAUGGGCAAAUUAAUUCCGUUCGCAACAAAUUACAUCUUCUUUUGUAAAAAUUGCUCACCCACCGGCCUGGAGAGCUUCCGUAAAUGUCAAGCAACUAUUUCACAGAUGUGUGUAACAGCCAUCGCAAAUUUACAGCAGCAACAUCAAAAGAAAGGCAAACUCAAGUAUGUCUUUGAUAAAGAUGAAGAUUUAAUUCCAUAUAUGGAACAAUAUUGGGAGUCAAUGACCACGAUGCCACGCCGUGUGACACAAUCAUGGUAUAGCACAGUACAGAAGACGCUGCUGAAGGAAAAUGCGGUGUUCAUUUUUGAAGAUGGUUUAGAUGGUCAGCAAAUGUUUGGACUAGUUACAAAAGAUCUCACACAAAUCAAACCAAACUAUGAAGCAAUGGUGAAAGGUGGAACACUUCGAAUUACCGACGAAGGAUACGCACAAGCAAGUUUAACAAAAGGAAGACCAAAUAAACGGAAAAUACCUGGUGGUGAUCAAGGACCCACCGGAAAGAAAGGUCGUCCAAGUUCCGAUAUCACAGCUAAUGUUAAAUUACCGGCCCAUGGUUAUCCAUUGGAGCAUCCAUUCAAUAAGGAUGGAUAUCGAUAUAUUCUAGCUGAACCAGAUCCACAUGCACCGUUUCGUCAAGAAUUUGACGAAAGUGCCGAUUGGGCUGGCAAACCGAUACCUGGUUGGCUUUAUCGUUCACUCACACCGAAUUCAGUAUUGUUAGCACUUCAUGAUCGUGCACCACAAUUGAAGGUGGCCGAAGAUCGGCUGGCGGUCACUGGUGAAAAAGGAUAUUGCAUGAUUCGUGCAUCGCAUUUUGUGACACGUGGAAAAUGGUAUUUUGAGGUGACGAUCGAGGAAAUGCCGGAAGGUGCGGCCACACGAAUUGGAUGGGGACAAGAAUAUGCCAAUUUACAAGCACCAUUAGGUUAUGAUAAAUUUGGUUAUUCUUGGCGAUCACGAAAAGGUACCAAAUUUCAUGAAUCAUUUGGAAAAUCAUGCAGUCCCGGUGGAUACAGCGAAGGCGAUACACUUGGCUUUCUUAUUUGUUUGCCAGAAACCGGACCAAAUCGGGAUUACAUGCCAAACACUUUCAAAGAUCGACCGCUGGUGAAGUUCAAGAGCCAUUUGUAUUAUGAAGAUAAAGACAAGAUAACGGAAGCGUUAAAGAAUCUAAAAACAGUGCCCGGCAGCAGAAUCAUUUUUUUUAAGAAUGGCGAAUCUCAGGGAGUAGCAUUUGAAAAUAUAAACGGCGGUGCCUAUUAUCCAGCGAUUUCAAUUUACAAAAAUGCAACUGUAAGCGUUAACUUUGGACCGAGUUUCAAAUAUCCAAACAUUGAAAAGAAAUUCAAAUGCAAAGCGAUGAAUGAACGAGUUGAAGAGCUUAUUUGCGAACAAUCACUGGCUGAUAUGGUUUAUUUCACGGAGAAUGACGGUGAAUUGCGGCUUUAAUAAUCCCAUUUGAAUUUUCAAUGAAAACAAAAAGAAAUCUAUUUAUAAUUGUAAAAUGUUCAGUAUAUGAUCAUUGGAUCGAAGAUUAAAAACAAAAACAAAAACAAA